AUGAUGCUUCGUCCCGCAGUCUCAUGCUUGAGCCUGACCUGGACCGCCUUUUCCGACUCAACUUCGAGAGAAUCCCCAGGCCGGCAGGUCCCAAAAGUUCCCAAGUGCGCCGACAUGGACUCGCCCUCGUCUUUCGUGAACAGCAAGGUUAAGGUUUAG